CUAUGCCAUAGACUGUAAGCAUGUGGUGAUCACUCACUUUCCUCAUACACGCUAACUAUACAAAUGAUUAGCAAUUGGACUCAAUUGUGAUCUUAUUUGUGACCACAUCUCAUACCAUACCAUCGCAUAUAAGCAAUGGGUCUACGAGUGAGGCAAUUGUGCCACUUAUUGGUGAUUACAUUCAUAUCUGGCAUAGUAUUGGUGGACAAGUGUUGUGGUAAUGAUGUGAUGGGUUGCGGGGGUUUCGUCAAGUCUAUCGUUAAUAUUAAUUACAACCAAAUAUUUAUCAAACUUCUUUUAUAUGUCAUUUGCAUCUCAUUUGACCUCAAAAUGUGUUUCAAUGAUAGUCUGACCGACAAAGGGAUCGUGAAAUACUCGACUGAUUGUGCCCCUAAUAACGGCUAUUACUUCAUCCCAUUGUAUGACAAAGGCUUAUAUCAGCUGAAGAUAGAGCCGCCGAAGGGAUGGACUUUUGACCCCAUGUUUGUUGACCUCAACUUCGACGGCAAAAGUGAUCUCUGUUCCCAACAAAAUGACAUUAACUUCGCAUUCAAAGGAUUCACUGUUUCGGGAAAAGUGUUUAGCGACGGAUCAACUACUGGACCCUCAGGAAUCGCUAUCACAUUGAGGGCCAAAAGGAAUGAUAACGUAUUGAAGACAACUCUCACCACAGAUGAUGGUUACUAUGAAUUCAAAGAAGUACUUCCCGGAGAGUAUGCCAUCGAUGCGUCUCACGAAUCGUUGAAACUGAAGAAAAGUCGGAUCGAGAUAACUGUAGUGAAUGAUAACAUCGAUGUCUCAACAAAUCCCGAAAACAAUUUAUCGAUAUUAGGAUACGAAGUGUCCGGAAGUGUUAUGAGUGACGGCGAGCCCAUCCAUUCGGUGCUCUUCGCCCUCUUCUCCCGAACGCGUCGAUCGGUUUUGGGCUGCGAUUCAAAGCAGAUCCCCAUUAAGAAAGUGGCAAAUGAUUUGAUAUAUUUGUGUCACAUUUCUUCGGACAAAAGCGGUUUAUUUCGGUUCCCAACGGUUCCGUUCGGUUCUUAUGUAUUGAUUCCCUUUUAUGGCGGAAACGAUGUUAAGUUUGAUGUAAAACCUAAAGAAUUGGAGUUUGAAGUAAAGAAUGAAAACAUCAAAAUCGAAACCGUCUUCGAGAUCGAGGGGUUUAGUGUUGCCGGACGUGUUGUGGUCGACCAACGAGGUGUUCCCAACGCUGAGAUCAAAUUCCAAGACCAGAGCACUGGACGUCAACAAUUGAUUAAGACUCAAACUAAUGGUGUUUAUAAUGUCGAAAAUGUCAAGACUGGGAGUUAUCUAAUAUCAGUGACGGCUCCCCACAUGACCUUUGAUCCGAUUUCCGUCAAGAUUUCGCCAAUUUCUUCACAAAUUCCUGACAUAACUCCCAAUGCUUUCGAUGUUUGCGGAACUUUUGCAUUAAAGUCGGCGAAGACUUCAUUGAAGAUAACUUUGAACUUUAAGAGUAAUAAAUACAGUGAAGUGAUCACCGCUGAUGUAAACGAUAAAUUCUGUGUGUCUUUGAGACCUGAUGUAUAUACUGUGAGUCCAAUCACUUCCGAUUUGGAUAAAAACUUUAAAUUAUUUCCUUCGCAAAUGAGUAUUACUGUUAAAAGUGAACCAAUUCUGGACCUGAAGUUCACUGAAUUUACAGCUUCUAUAACCGGAAGAAUCAAUACACUGGACGCCACCAAUGACUUGCAGAUUAAGUUAAUUCAUAAAAUCGACAAUCAAUUGAUUAAAAAUUUGAAAUUUUCUAAUUUGCGUAAAAUAUCGCAAAAUAAGUUUGAGUUUCAAUUUGAUAACAUAUCCCCCGAUGUUUAUCAGAUUUCUAUUACUAAAGAUAUCGAUUCUUGGUGUUGGCUCUCCAACACUCACACCAUUGAAGUCAUUGACAAAGACUUGAAAGACAUUGAAUUUACACAAAAAGGAUACAUACUUUCGCUAUACUUUUCGCAUGUCAUAGACAUUGAACUGAAAUACCCAUCAAAUCAAGUGAAAUCUCUUGCCAUAGGAAGUGAUCACAGUUUGAAACAUUGUGUCUCUGAAUCCGGAAUUUAUUCAAUUUUGCCAAAAGGAUGCCAUAAAUUCAGUGAGACCUCCAGUGAAGUCAUCACUUUCGACACAUCCAAAGAUGCGGGAAAACUCAUCUCAAGAACUGCUGUCAAACACCAACUAUCGGCUAAUGUUAUAACAACUCUCAACGUUUCAGAUAUCGUAUUGACUGUUAAAAUGAAACCAUUUGGUGGCGAAGAAUUUGCACAGCGUUUACAUUUAGUGCAACACAAGUCGUUUAAAUCAGAUAAUGAGCUCUUAUUUGAGUAUUUGAUAUCGAUUUUAGUUAAACCAAUGGUCAACAUAUACUUAGAGCCCUCUUCGAGUCAACUCUUAUUCAAACCGAAUUCGUUUGAAACAAGUCGUUUAAAUCAGAUAAUGAGCUCUUAUUUGAUUAAACCAAUGGUCAACAUAUACUUAGAGCCCUCUUCGAGUCAACUCUUAUUCAAACCGAAUUCGUUUGAAACUAAACUCGAAGACGAAUGUCUUGAAAAUGCGGUCACAUUUAAGGGCAAAAUUGGUCUUUUUAUUAAUGGCCAGAUCUAUCCUAAACUGGAAGGCGUUGCCAUUAAGAUAAACCACGACGAACAGGUCUUAUUGACCACUAAAACUGAUUCACUUGGAAAAUAUAUGGCGGGACCUUUUGAUAGUGACGUUCAGAUGACAGUAAGCGCUGAAAAGAGCGGAUAUUUCUUCAAGAAUAUCGCCAAUAAAUUGGGUCAUUUCGAUGCCAUUCUAUUGUCUAAGAUAUCUGUUCACGUCAGAGAUGAUGCCAACGCACCCCUCUCUGAUGUCUUGGUGUCAAUCAGUGGCGGACCUGAGAAUUACCGUAAGAAUUCUGUGACCCCCGCGAGCGGUCAGUUGUCUUUCCCUGACUUACAUUCCGGACAAUAUUUCAUACGAGUUAUGAAAAAAGAGUACGAUUUUGAGCCCUUCUCUCAAAUGACUUCUGUUGAUGACGGAUCCGAUAUUAAGAUUGAUAUUCGCGCCAAGAAAGUGGCCUUUAGUUGCAUCGGUGUCACUGACUCUCUUAAUGGAGAACCAGAGCCCGGAGUAGUGGUUGAAGCGAUCGGUUUGAGAAAUAUUGUAACGGAUUCUCGGGUUAAUUGCUCUCAACUGCAAGAAGAGGCCGUCAGUGAAACGAACGGAAGUUUUAGGGUUAGAGGCUUAAGGCCUGAGUGUCAGUACGCCAUCAGAAUUAAGGCAAAUGAUGAGAGGAAUAAACUCUUUAAUCAAUCGAUUCCAAGGAUUCAUUUGAUUCGUGUUGAAGACCGCGACAUAAGUAAUGUUCGCCUAAUUAUCUUCAGAAGAAUAACUCAAAUGGAUGUCAGCGGAGAUGUGAUCACAAGUCCUGAGUACUUGUCGUCUCUUAAAGUUCGUCUAUUUAAUGAUGUAAACGGUGACCAACCGAUCACUACAAUAGCAUUCACUUCGAGUCCAUUUUUCUUUCUGCCGGCGCUUAACAUCGAUAACAGAAAUUAUUUCAUUCGUUUGGAAUCGAGUUUAUCCCCAAAUCUCUAUGAACUGGAAACGCCUUCCAAGUCAUUCCGGGCCAACACGAGUCACACACAUCUGACCCUUACUUUUAAUCCUAAAUCGAAAGCAAAUGUCAAUUCAAAUCAUUACAUCGAGCACGACAUCACUCAUGGAUCAGUUUAUACGUUACCACUCAUUCUCUUAUUCAUAACAAUUAUUUAUAACUAUAACAAAAUAUCUCCACUUUUACAGCAAACGUUUCAUUAUUUUAAUCGACUGAAUGCCGAGAGAGCACUCAAUUCAGAAAAUAUUAACUCUUUAUUUACAAUCAAACGUAAACCUAAGAGUAAAAAGAUUUAA